CAUGAACAAAGCCGUAGAACAAGACCUGCUGAGCCUUCUACCAUCAAUAACACUUCCGCUGCCACGAGAACUUCUUGAGCUCGCAGUGUCAUUGUUAUCUCAGUCGCGAAGUAAAGCCGGCAGUUUGAAACAAGAUGAAGAGAUAGCGCGUGGAUAUGUUUGUGCAAAUAUUGCUUGCGAUAGAUUGAAAACUAAGUUAAAUUUACCUACGAUCGUGGUGCGACCGCCUGUGGCUCCCAAGGUAUAUAAGAAGGUCUACGCAUACCUUGACUCCGCAUUGACUGCUGGUACGCCACGUAAGCAUCAAAAGAAUAGCAUACGGGGGCAAAAUGAGCCGUCCACGCCUUCAAAGUCCCGGCGACAGUUAGCCGAUGAUACCCCCACAAGAACCCCUGCAAGAACCUCUAAAGCGAAAGCAGCUGUCCACAUGCUGUCGAGCACGAAGCGAAAGCAUGCUAAUUCUGACGGUGACAAUGCUAUUGCGAGCUGGACAAUGCCGGCGAUCAGGCUGUUAUGCAAGGCCUUUGAGAUUCCUAACGCCGCGCCGCAUAUCUACGUUGGAGUUUGUUCGAUAGUGAGAGUGAUACAAGAACAACAAGGAGAAGGGCUUGGGACUCCAACCAAGAAGCGAGCAAGGAAGUCUGCAAAUAAUGACAUUCAAUCUGAAGUCAUCGCCGCUUUCGAUGAAAAGUAUAUUCCGGCCCUCAUCAUUGUAGUAACGUUCUUCACCAGGGCUCGCAUGGUAGGGGCUCCUGAGCCAGAUGAAUAUGCAAAACAACGCCAAACCGCAAUGGAGACUAUUGGAAAGGCCAUACCAGACGGAUUGAAGACAGAUGAAGGCAACAUGAUCAGUAUGAUCGAGAAUCUGCUAAGAGAAGCAGAGAAAAGGUGGCUGGACAUGGAAUGGUAUUACAACCUACCUGAGGCAAACAUGGGUGGUGAUGAGUCAAGUCCUGAUAUGACUUCAGAAACAGGAGCUCAUUUCGAAGUUGAUAAAAGAUCUAUGCAGGUGUUUGAAGUGCCGAAGAGAGGCUUCGGGAGCAUGAUGACAGAUGCCACGGAUUGGCUAAGCGAGGAUCGAAAUGCGGAAUAUAAGAUUUGGAAAACUGAAAUCAUGCAGAAGAUUUCCGAUAUGGAAAAUACGGCGAAUUGAAAGAGCCUACGUCACAUCGAAGACGUAGGCCUUUGACUUGUUUUUGUCUGCACUUUUACGCGCUCGAGGGCAUUGGUAAACUAGCUAGGGGAUGACCUCAUAGAUGGGCUUGAUCAAAAGUCUAUGCCUCCAGCUUAAAUUCGAGCCAUCGUUUGUGACACGAAUUAUGUCUAACAGAGAUGGCUGGUAUUAACUCUAUACUACAGGCUAUCGUACAGGAUAUCUUAACCAAUGUUAAGCAUAUAUCUACUCAAAAUAAGUAGAAUCUUGUGUUCGGACGGCAGAGCUAGAAGGAAAGAAUAAGGAGUCC